UCCUGCCCCUCGAGCUGGUGUCAGGGUAUGAAGCCGCCUCCCACGGGAGGGACGGAAAAACAGCCACGGGUAGAUUUUGGCUGGCGCUGGCCCCAGCCUGGCGCCAGCAGGACAAAUCCUGGCUCCACGCAGGGCUUGGGGGGGCCGGGAUGGGCGUGAGGGUCAGCCCAGGACACAGCAGGGUGUCGGGGUGCGGUGCCCCGUCUCCUCUGCGCCCAGAGCGCUGCCGAGCCUGCCGUGUCCCCACCUCCCGUGACCAGUGGCCAAGGGUUGUGCCGCGCCACGACCUUUGAGAUGAGCUGCGCUCACCCCAUGGCACCUGAAGCCCAGCACCCCCUCAGAGAAGAGCCCUGGCUCCCGGUGCCCCCCAGCAGAGCGAUGGCGGUGACGUUGGCACUGCUGGUGCUGGUGGCUUGGCCAGCUGCCACCGCCGGGACGGUGACACGGGACUCGCUGCUUAACACCUGCAUGAGCGCCAAGCACCACAAAGAGAAGCCUGGCCCUGAGGGGCAGCUCUACGGGCAGUGUGUCCUCUGGAAGGAUAAUGCCUGCUGCACUGCCAACACCAGUCAGGAAGCCCACGAGGACCAGUCCUACCUGUACAACUUCAACUGGGACCACUGCGGGGCCAUGCCGCAGAAGUGCAAGCGCCACUUCAUCCAGGACACGUGUCUGUACGAGUGUUCCCCCAACCUGGGGCCAUGGAUCGACCAGGCAGACAACACCUGGCGGAAGGAGCGGAUCCGGGACGUGCCGCUGUGCCAGGAGGACUGUGAGCAGUGGUGGGAGGAUUGCCAGGAUGCUGUCACCUGCAAGGUCAACUGGCACAAGGGCUGGAACUGGACCUCAGGCACCAACCAGUGUCCCCAGGGCGCCAUGUGCCAGAAGUUCAAGUUCGUGUUCCCCACGGCGGCUGCGCUCUGCGAGCAGAUCUGGUCCGGCUCCUACCGCUACACAUCCCACCACCGUGGCAGCGGACGCUGCAUCCAGAUGUGGUUUGACCCCGCACAGGAGAACCCCAAUGUCGCUGUCGCCCAGUAUUACGCCCGUGGCAACGCUCCCCCAAGCCCCCCACUCCCUGUCCUGCUGGCCCUGCUGCCCCCCGCACUCCUGGCCCUGCUCUGAGCAGGAGGCUGCAGGCAGGAGUGGGCAGUGGGUGGUCAGGGGGGCUGCCAAGCUGUCCUGUGCCCCCCAUGGGAUCUCCCCAAGCUGUGUCCCCACAGGCAUGUGGAUGGUGAAUAAAUACUCCUGCCCUG